UCAGGAAAAAUAAUGACAGAAGGUUUUUAAAAUCCCUCCCCUUCCUGCUCUUUUCGACUUCCUUGGCUGCAGUGCUCAGAGAUUCGGGGAGGGCUUCGAUCGCGAUUCUUCAAUUGGCCGCUCGUUCCUGAAGGAGUCGGAGAAGGGGGCGGUAGGUUGAAUACUCAAGAUUUCGAUGACUGGAAAAUAAGACCUGCCUGCAUCUUAGUCUUUUCCCAAUAAUGAGUUCUAAGACUUUUAGGAUUUCUGGGUUCCCUCGUUGUGUCACUGCCAGUGAGGUAACAACUUUUCUGGAGAAGUAUACAUUCGCUGAAUCUAUUGUUGCACUAAAGCUAAGACCAUCAAAGAACUCAAGAGCAUUUGCAAUAGUCCAGUUCUCCAAAAAUGAGGACGCUAGAGAUUUAAUUUUGAUGAUUCAGCAACGUAAACUAUACUAUAAUGGUUCAUACCUAACUCUUCACAAUGUGGAGCAUGACAUUAUACCAAAACCAAGGAAGUCAAUGUUUGUUCUAAAAAACGUAAAGCUAUAUCUUGGCUGCCCACUUUCACCAGAAAGAUUAUCUGUUCUUUGGAGUGUGGAGGAAGUUGAUGUUAAGUUUGGUUUUGAGAUGAGGAAAAUAGACUUUUAUCUGUCCUAUGGAAGUUGUUCAUAUAAACUUGAACUUGCUUAUGACAGCAUAUGGGAAAUCCAAUUACAUCGCUCAUAUUCUCAGCGUUCCCAAUUUCUGGUGUUCCAGGUGGUAGCUGCUCCUAAACUUUAUAAAGAAUCAUCACAAAAUGCACAAUCUAUAUAUGGAGAUCCUAUUUAUAAUUAUUUCAAGGAUGUUCCAGAUGAUCAGUGGGUCAGAACAAUAGAUUUUUCUCCAUCCAGUAGCAUUGGACAAUCUUGUGCAUUGUGUUUAGAGCUACCUUACAGAUAUGAUCUUCCUGAUAUUCACAAAUACUUCUUUCAUUAUAAAGAAGUUGAUAGUCGCUAUGCUGUGGAGAAUGGUUUUUCUUAUUCGAGAAAUUUGGAUCUAGUCCCUAUUGUAGAACCUCCCUCUGGCAUUGAGGUUUCUUAUGAGAUUCUCUUCAAGAUAAAUUACAUGGUUCAGAAUGGGAUUCUUAUUGGACAAACACUUGAUCGAGAAUUCUACAAUCUGGUAUGUCCAUGUCCUUCACGACCUAAUGCAUAUAUUGAACGAGCCUUGGAAAUGAUGUCUGUUAUGGAUUACUCCUGUUUUGCUCCUGCAAAGUGGUUAAUUGAGCAAUAUGCAAAAUUUUCCAGAUCAAAGCACAUAAAUUCGCCAACAAUUUCCUUAGAUUCAGAUUCUGGCUUGGUAUAUGUUCAUAGGGUGCAGGUGACCCCUUCUAAAGUGUUCUUCUAUGGACCUGAGAUUAAUGUGUCCAAUCGUGUUUUACGCCAUUAUGAUGGGGUAGUUGAUGAUUUCUUGAGAAUUUCUUUUGUUGAUGAGGAUCGUGAAAAGAUGCAUUCAAAUCAUAUAUUAGCACGAGCUGUGUCUGUUGGUUCUGAAAGGCGUACUGCACUCUACUGGAGAAUACUCUCAAUACUGAAAAAUGGUAUCACUAUUGGUAGUAAGAAGUUUGAAUUUCUUGCAUUCUCAUCCAGUCAGCUAAGGGAUAAUUCUGCGUGGAUGUUUGCCUCAAGCAAUAUGUUUUGUGCGGGUAGCAUAAGAGAAUGGAUGGGUGAUUUUAGAAGGAUUAGAAAUGUUGCUAAGUAUGCUGCUAGACUUGGACAAUCGUUCAGUUCCUCCACUGAAACUUUGUCAGUUGAGAGCCACGAAUUCCAGCUUAUUCCUGAUAUAGAACAGUCAGGUUAUGUGUUCUCAGAUGGUAUUGGAAAAAUAUCUGCUGAAUUUGCUAAGAAAGUGGCAGCUAAGUGUAGGUUGAAAGGUUCAGUUCCAUCAGCCUUCCAAAUUAGGUAUGCUGGUUAUAAAGGUGUUGUGGCUGUUGAUCCAACAUCAUCAGUGAAGCUAUCCUUGCGCAAAAGCAUGUCCAAAUUUGAGUCUAAGAACACAAAACUUGAUGUCCUUGCAUACAGCAAGUACCAACCAUGUUUCCUCAAUCGUCAAUUGAUUACUCUUCUUUCAACUUUAGGAAUUAUUGAUUGUAUCUUUGAAAAGAAAAUUGAGGAAGCUGUCUAUGAUUUGGAUAUCAUUUUAACUGACCCAGAAAGGGCACUGGAGGCUGUUCAACUUAUGCAUCCAGGUGAAACGGCCAACAUGCUGAGAGAACUACUAUUGUGUGGCUAUAAGCCUGAUGCUGAACCAUUCGUUUCAAUGCUUCUUCAGGCAUUUAGGGCUUCAAGGCUACUGGAACUUAGAACUAAGGCAAGGAUCUUUGUUCCAAAAGGAAGAGCAAUGAUUGGAUGUUUAGAUGAAAGUCGAAGUUUAAAAUAUGGGCAGGUCUUUGUUCAAGUUUCUUGCUUUGAAAACUCAAGGUUCCAUAAUAAUGGUCUCUUCUUUAACAGAGAACAUCCUGCUGUUGUACUAGAGGGAAAAAUAAUUGUAGCAAAAAAUCCAUGUCUUCAUCCUGGUGAUGUUCGUAUCCUUGAAGCUGUCAAUGUUCCCCAUCUCCACCAUAUGGUUGAUUGUGUUGUUUUUCCACAAAAAGGGAAAAGACCCCAUCCAAAUGAGUGCUCAGGAAGUGACUUGGAUGGAGAUAUCUACUUCGUUAGUUGGGACCCUGUACUCAUGCCAGCACGAAUGGCUGAACCUAUGGAGUAUGCCCCUGCACCAACUAUGGAACUUGAUCAUGAUGUUACAAUUGAGGAGGUGAUGGAGUAUUUCACAAAUUACAUUGUCAAUGACAGCUUGGGGAUCAUUGCCAAUGCUCACACGGUCUUUGCUGACAAGUCAAAAUUAAAGGCAGAGUGCCAUGAAUGCUUAAAGCUUGCAAAACUUUUCUCCAUUGCUGUUGACUUUCCCAAGACUGGAGUUCCUGCUGAAAUCCCUCCUACGCUGCAAGUUAAGGAGUAUCCUGAUUUCAUGGAAAAGCAAGACAGAGUUACCUAUGAAUCAAAGGGAAUAAUUGGGAAGCUGUACAGGGCAAUCAAAGAACACAAACCAGAUUGUGUUCAGAUAAAGACCUUCACCAAGCAGGUUGCUGUACAAUCGUACGAUGCUGACAUGGAAGUUGAUGGUUUUGAGGAGCACCUUAAUGAUGCUUUCUUCUUCAAGGGGGAAUACGAUUUCAAGCUGGGGAAUCUCAUGGACCACUAUGGCAUAAAGACUGAGGCUGAGAUAAUAAGUGGGAAUAUAAUGAAAAUGUCCAAGAUCUUCACUAAGAACAGGGAUGCCGAGGCGAUUGGAAGAGCAGUUAAGGUACUAAGAAAAGAGGCCAGGUCAUGGUUUAAGGAUAAGCAUAGUGAUCACGAGCACGACGAAAAUGAGGAAAAUGCCAAAGCCUCAGCUUGGUACUAUGUCACCUAUCAUCAUAGUUACUGGGGAUGCUACAAUGAGGGUUUGAAGAGGCCACACUUCUUGAGUUUCCCAUGGUGUGUCUAUGAUAAAUUGACUCAAAUCAAACAGAAGAAAAUAAGGCAGAGGAAGACGGCAUCUCAGCUAUCCUUACUGCAGAAUAGAAUGCGCGGACUUCAGAUUGGACUCAGAUAACUAAGCUAGUUAUGCAUAGUUAAUAGAGGCUUGUGUAUAAGGUAGUUGGACAUUCAACGUGACUGCUAAUUGAUCCUUGGCUUGUCCUAUUAAGACUUAGUAGUUGUGUGUGUGUGUGUAUAGGUAUGUACUCUGUUGUUUAUAGUUGAUAAUUAUGUUUGCCUCUUUGCUAUUUAA